AUGGUGCAUUCGAACGAAGAGGGCGGACAGUACUGCGUGUCGAACAAGGAGCCUUCACCUAAGCAAUCGUGCAUGGAACCUGGCGUGGAUACUUGCUGGUACAUGGCUGGGCUCUGCGGUCUCGUUACAUUCAUGACAUCGGCUACUAUCCGUUCUUCUGGAUUCCUGUACAUCGGCAUGAUGGAAGAGUUUAACGUCAAUCGUGGACAGGCCGCGUGGCCCAUUUGCCUGUUCGGCGCUGUGAGCAAUCUAGCUGGCAUUGUCGCUGGGUCCUUGUGCCAGAGGUUUGGACCUGUGCCAGUGAUGUACGUGGGUAGCGUGACGAUGUGGAUAGGCUUAAUCGCGAGCAGCUUUUCAUCAAACAUUUCAUGGAUGACAGCAUCUCUUGGCAUUUUGUUCGGUUUCGGCUCAGGGAUUGUUUUCAUGAUGCUGUUCGUUUUCAUCAACCAGUACUUUGACAAGUACAAGGGACUCGCUCUUGGCAUCAUGUACACUGGUUCCACAAGCUCGGCUUUUGUUUUCCCCAGGCUACUGCUGUUCCUCAAAGAGACCUACAACUUCCGCAGCAGCAUUAUGAUAUUCGGUGCGAUCGUUAUGCAUGUAACGGCGAUCAGCCUCGUCCUUAAGGAACCCGUAUGGAUUCGCCGAAGGAAGCACCUGGAGAAAAUAGCCGCCCAGAAGGCCAAGGCUUUGAUAUUCACAAUUGAUAGGGGAGACCUUAAGAUUAUUGCUGAAAAACCACCAACUUUGAAGACAGCUCCAAACCCAAGAAGCCUCCGCUAUGGUCUCACGGUCUUGAAAUCACCCAUGUUUUAUGUCAUCACUGUGACCUACAUAAUCUACAACUACAACUUCGAUAUUUUCAUGACAACUGUGCCGGAUUUCGCUGUUGAUCGUGGUACAUCCGUGGUAGCCGCCGUUGGUUUGGUUCCUCUUUUUUCUAUCACAGACACUGUUGGUCGACUAGGAAUUCCGGUUUUGGCGGAUCGCGGUUACCUGAGGCGCAGCACUCUGGUCAUGAUGAACUAUCUGCUCAUGGGAGUUUGCUUGUUGGCACUCCCGCUGGCUAAAUCAUAUUUUUCGAUUCUUGCCAUCUGCCUCUGUGAAGCAACGUUUGUCGGCUGUGGAAUGACGAUGUACCCUGCGAUAAUGGCAGAGUAUGUCGGCUUGGACAGGCUGCCCAUCAGCUACGGAAUCGUGGGGACGGUUGCUGGUCCUCUGUUCCUGCUGAAACCAUCUUUUAUUGGAUACUUCAGAGACAACAUAGGCGCCUAUGACUGCAUGUACACACUUCUCGCCAUGGCACUCAUUGUACUGGCGCUCAUUUGGCUUGUGGUGGUCUGCGUGGAAAGCAAGGAAUCAAGAAGCUGGAAGUUGGAUCACAAGCGCAAUGUGGAGGCCUCAGUUGCCGCGGGUGCCAACCGUUGUCGAAUCACAGAAGAGUUUAGGACAGCGUCUGCUAACUGCGUCGUGACGUCGACUGAAUUUUUCACAUGA